GGCGCCAACUUCUAAACGCAAAUGGGAAACAAGAGAAUCUUGAUCGUGGGUUUGGCUUGUUUAGCCUUUGUCUCCAUUGUUAAAGCUCUGUCUCAUGAACCAGAACUUGGUUCGGCUCGUGUCGUCUUCCAGACUAGUUAUGGAGAUAUCGAAUUCGGGUUUUAUCCCACUGUUGCACCAAAGACAGUGGACCAUAUCUUCAAGCUUGUUCGUUUAGGAGGCUACAACACUAAUCAUUUCUUCAGGGUUGAUAAAGGUUUUGUUGCUCAAGUUGCGGAUGUGGCGAGUGGACGAUCAGCUCCAAUGAAUGAGGAGCAAAGGAAAGAAGCUGAGAAGAAAAUUGUGGGAGAGUUCAGUGAUGUUAAGCAUGUGAGAGGUAUUCUUUCCAUGGGAAGAUAUGACGAUCCAAACAGCGCACAAUCUUCAUUUUCGAUGCUUCUUGGCAAUGCUCCUCAUCUUGAUCGCCAGUAUGCUGUGUUUGGUAAAGUUACUAAAGGAGAUGAAACAUUGAGUAAGCUAGAAGAAGUUCCCACUCGCCGUGAGGGGAUUUUUGUUAUGCCGACGGAGCGGAUCACGAUUUUGUCGACAUACUAUUACGACACUAAAAUGGAGAGCUGUGAAGAAGAAAGAUCUGUCCUGAGAAGAAGGCUUCAAGCAUCUUUUGUGGAGGUCGAAAGACAGAGAAUGAAGUGCUUCCCGUGAAUGAAGUUAACACAUACUGUAAGAAACUGUUCAACAAAAGCCUUAAACACCAGGGAACACAAAGGUAAAUGUAUGUCUAGUAAAAAACUCAGAAUCCU